UGAGUAAUACGACAAUGACAAAAAAUGGCGCAAAAUUUUUAAAUACGCUUUUAAUAAAUAAAAUUUAAUAAAUUAAAAUAAAAUUUUUAUUACGCUUCACACUUCUCUUGUGAAAGCGUAGAUGUUGAAUUUAUCUGUAUAAUUUUUCGAAACAAAAAAGCAUUUUACAACAAGAGAACGAUGUAAUUGUCCACCGUGUUAACUGUAACCUAUGAAUUAUUUUUUGAAUUUUGUAUGUGUAUAUAUAUUUUGUGAGGAAUCAAUUAUUUUUAUCCGGAGAAACAUUCACUAAAUUCAGAUUUGCAUGUAAUAUAUGUUUAACUUUACUGCAUCAUGUGAAUGAAAAAUUGUGAAUGUUAAAUGAAAGCAUUUAAUGUGACCAACAUGAACAUUCGUAACAACAAAAACGAAAUUUGUGAAUUAUCUGUAAAGAAUCAAUCUGAAAAGCAAUCAUACAAAUUAAAUGAAUCAGAAAGCAAAUCAAACGUCACGCUAAAAAAAAUUGGACAGGAAUUGGAUAUAGCGGAGACAAAAUGCUUUACUUUAAAAUCUGAAUUAAAUUACAUGAUGGGAGUUUGUCGGAAAGUACAAACAGAAAAAAAAGGAAGUAAAGAACCGUCUGACGUUUUGCCAGAGCGAAUAACAUCGCCGUAUAAAAAUUUAAUCUUGAAAUCUCCCGUUGAAUAUCACGAUUAUAAUAAUGAAAUUACAGCGAAUACAACUCCCAGCUAUAACAUGCUCGAUAGAAUUUAUAAUAUUGAACAGAAUGCUGAGGAAAAAUUUGAUACUUUCCAUUUAAGCCCAAAAUCCAGUCAAUUUUCGUUCAGAAAAAGCACUGAUGGUGACAAUUUUAUAGAGGCAGCCGAAAGUGCGAGAGAGCAAGGAUUAUUGAAUGUUAAAAUUACACCAAGGACUCAUUUAGAUAAGAAACUUCCUCCGGCGAUAACGUCAAUGCCAGUCGCGAAUGAAAUCAUAGAAGCGAAUGAAGAAUACGAUAAUUCCCGGAUAUCUUGCUUGCCGGAAUAUAUGCGUGAACAUUUGCAACAUUUGCUGAACGCGGAAGGAUCAAUCGAAGAAUUGACAUCAAAAGCAGAUGAGGAUUAUUUCCAUUCGAUGUCUGACAUUGUGACAAAAGAUAUUGGAGAUCUGGAAUUGAAUUUGAACAUUUUGGAUACCGCAAAGGUCAGACGAACGGAAAGAAAUAAACAUGUAUCGAGAAUGGAGAGAAGCGAGACAAAUUCCUUUUAUAAAGCGGAUGACACAAUAUCUAAAACGCGAAAAAGGAAAGGAAAAUUACGUAGUUCCGCUUCCAAGAGCACUGUUGCUACUAAAGAAACAUAUUUUGUCCGCAGAAAAGAAAUAAAAAGGCGCAAACAUAGAGCACAAAUGUUUAACGCGGAUCAUGCCGUUAUUCAUCCAAAACCUACUCUUUCAAAGCAUCUAAAAAAAUCCAAUGAUGUUGUGGAAAUUUUUCAUAAUACUACAUUAAAGGAUAGUAAUUCUGUGGUGUCCAGUAAGCACUCUAAACUCAGUAGACAAGCAAAGUAUGUAAAGAAACAACUUAUUGAACCAGCUGCUCAGAAGAUCCAAGAGAAAUCGCCCUCUGAACAUAUUAAUCAUGAGUAUCAAACUCGUAAAAAGGAAUAUCAACAAAUCGAGAAUCCUCCUCCUCAGAUAUUAAAUUCUCAAAGCAACACAGAAAUGCCUUCUGAGAACGUUCAGGAAAAAAUUAAAUCGGAGAAGCCUUCUACCGAUCUCUAUUCACCGAUGGAGAGCAAAACGCAUCAAUAUGAGCACGCUGCAUUGAAUAGAUACGACGACCCGAUGUUCACACCAAAUUACGAGAUGCCGACUUUGGCGUCGAAGUUGAAACGCGCGAGCAGAUCGUACUUUAGUAGAUUUAACUUUCGAAAUAUACCUUUUGUGGUAGGAACUUCGGUGACGCCGAGUCACAAUCUCGGAAUGAACAUCCAACAAGUAUUGAGCGUGAUGAAGACGAGCCAGUCGAUCGCGAACGAUAUCACUCCGUCGUUGAUUCGUAAAGUCAGCAGAGGCAUGAAACCGAUGUCGAUUCUUCUCGAACAGAUAAACGGUCAUUGUGAAAAAUCGGUUCCCGAAGCGAGCUCGCAGAUGGUUGAAAUAUUGAACGGCAGGGAAAAUCCAAGUGUCAAUCAAGAUAAAAAAUUAUCUCCUGAUUUACGACAUAUGGAAAAAGAUGCUCGUAUGCCAAAUGUGUCUGGCAAUAACUCAAAAAUGAUUUCUGAAAAAGAUAACAACAGUUUUAAACAAUUUUAUAAAGAGAAGGGCGAUUCGUAUGAUCACGAGAUUAAAAAGCAGUCUUUUACCUUCGUCAAUAAAAGCAACAAGCCAUCGGAUGCAAAAAGUCAGCAACAAAGUUCCAAAACGUCCUUGCAAAAAAAGGAUAACGUCGGCGAUCAGAGAAUGCGUAUUCCCGGCGCGCACAAUUCGAAAGAGACACGUGACAUUCUGAUUAAUCUUCACGAUCAGUUCGAAGAGAUGAACACGAAAUAUGAGAAAUUGCAAUCAGAGUUAGGAAAGACCGACGAUAAGUCUUUAGUGCGAGAGCUGUCCACUCUGGAGAAGGAGCUCAACGUCAAGGAAGAAGAAAUUAACGCUGUUGUCGGUCUUUACAAAGAAGUAAUGACGCUGAAGCAGCAAAUGAAAAUAUUGCACGAUAAAAACAGUCUCGUUUGUAUCGCGACCGAAUCGGCCAAGGGACCUCACAAAAAUUCUCUUCCCAUAUCGAUUAUACCUGGGAAGUCGCAUUCGAAUCCGACGCAGAUCCUCGGUCGAUCAAGAGUUUACGGUGCAAUGCAAGAGCCAUCCACUUCUAUGCAACUGGCUGCAUUAUUACGACAAAUUCAAACGUUUCAUAAGCAACUGCAGCUCGUGUCGUAACGUCACGUCUAAUUACGGUAACAAUUAAUCGCAUU